CUUGUACAUGCGCAUGCGUCGCCGCAUAGGCGGGGACAUGCCUCCAAGUACCCUCUCCGUACAUGGAUGGCUCUUGCUAGGGGCCACGAGCCCGCCGCCAUUGGCUGCCCGGGUCUUGCAUCGAAUCGACCGACAUGCCUCGCAUACAUUAGUACAUACAUACUUGACGAGAGCACGCUCACGCACAUACUGUACUUGUACAGUAGGGCACGGCCAGGGUCCAUGUGCAUGGGGCUACAGCGGGCGACUGCAGGCCAUUCAGGCGUCGUCUGCUUGUCUCUUCACCGCUGGCCAGCUACAUACAGAUUCCCGGCUGCGCUCCCUGCCGCUCAUCGGCCCUCAGACAUGCCGUUGUCUAUCUUCGACAUUCAUGCAUAAUCGCAGCCCUUGGCCCAUGUUUGAUAUGUACCUUGAGCCUUGAGUCACUUCACAUGCUCUGCCCAGCAUUCUCUGUGACCAUGUCACGAUUUCUCAUGCCCCUCACUGGCCCGGACCAAAGCCCCUCCCGAUCGCAGAUCCUUUGCGGAGCAAUAAUGCGUGCUCAUAGGCCUAUGAGCAUGAGCAUGGUAUACCUAUACGGAGUAAUACCUAUGCAGUUAUACACAUCCGGCACGUAUUCUGGCAAACAACAAUGCAUGCCUAGGUAGGUAUAGAAUAGAAUCUGCCAAGACAAUAUUGGCAUCGUCAGUUUGGCUGCAGUAUCACGUCGUUCAAAAAGCAAAUAUUUUCAGACACUACUUGGAAAGCAACAACGAUGAAAAGAACGUCAUUUGCC